UGGCGGACUCUUAAACCCAAAAACUCUAACUCAAAUUAUGCAAAUUAAAAAUUGAUGUUCAAUAACUGUAAAGAGAGAAUUUUCGAUUGCACGAGCUGAAUUUUGACAAAAUGGCGGAUUUGCCGAAUGCGCCGUCGAGUUUUUGGACUCAGGCCAAUGCGUUGCUGAGGAAGAAUUUGACAUUUCAGAAACGGAGUAUCAAGACAAACAUCCGACUAGUUCUAUCCCCAUUCUUCCUCUGUUUGUUGCUUGUUCUCAUCCAAUCUUUGGUGGACAACGAGUUAGACAAGCCCUCAAACAGGUGUGGCUGCACUUGUGUCGAUACUGAUGGGAAUGGUCAAUGUGAGAGAAGAUGUGGGAUAGAAUACUCAACUUUGGACCAAGGGUUCACCUGUCCCAUUCCCCAUCCACCAGCAUGGCCUCCAUUAUUACAGAUACCAAAGGAACAAUUUCGUGCAGUGAGAACUGAGUCUACCUCAUAUCAAGACUUGCCUGAUGAUUCGUGCAAGAGAACAGGUUCCUGUCCUGCAACUAUGCUUAUUACAGGAAAUAACCGAACAUUUGGACAAAGUGUGGCUGGAAACAUGUUCCCAACACCAUCCAAUAUAAAUUUCUCUGAUAUACUGUUCAGCAUAGCUGAUGUGGCCUUGGGUUCGGAAUCAAGGACUGAGUACACCAAUUUUCUUGAUGCAGCAUUUUUUUCCAACACUCCCCUUGAUUUUCUUCAACCUCAAUGUGCAUCAAACUCACAUUUCUCCGUUCCUCUCCAAUUAGGUUCUGCUACAAUACAGCAAGAUGCACGUUGCAUUCAAACCUUGCGUUUAUGGCGCAACAAUUCUUCAGAGAUAAAUGGUGAGCUUUACAAGGGUUAUCGUAAAGGGAACCCAGAGCGACAAAUUAAUGAGAUUGUAGCAGGUUCGUCACAACAUCUCAACACUGGCAAUAAAUUCGCCAUUUUAUUUGAAUUACCAAGUUCACUGUCAUUUUGUUUUGCAGCCUAUGAUUUUGUUAAUUCAAAUGAGAAUCUAUUCAAUGUUACAAUAUGGUACAAUUCUACAUAUAAGAAUAACACAGGCAAUCAGCCUCUUGCUUUGACGCGGGUGGCUCGUUCCGUAAAUUUGGCAUCAAAUUCAUAUCUUCAAUUUCUAUUAGGGCCAGCUACAAAAUUGCUUUUUGAGUUUGUAAAAGAAAUGCCAAAACCUGAAACAAGACUCAGGCUGGAUUUCUCCUCUCUCCUUGGGCCACUCUUCUUUACCUGGGUCAUUUUUCAAUUGUUUCCUGUUAUACUGACAUCAUUGAUUUACGAGAAACAAUUCAGAUUGAAAAUUAUGAUGAAGAUGCAUGGGCUUGGUGAUGGACCUUACUGGAUGAUAUCUUAUGCAUAUUUUCUUGCAAUAUCUACAAUGUACAUGAUAUGCUUUGUGGUAUUUGGAUCAGGCGUAGGUUUAAAAUUCUUCACACUAAAUGAUUACAGCAUCCAGUUUGUAUUUUAUUUCCUCUACAUAAACUUGCAAGUGUCUCUAGCUUUUCUUGUAGCUGAUGUAUUCUCAAACACGAAGACUGCUACAGUUGUGGGGUAUAUGAUGGUAUUUGGAACUGGGCUCUUGGGUGCCUUCCUCUUCCAGUUCUUUCUUGAAGAUUCUUCAUUUCCAAGAGCUGGAAUAAUCGCUAUGGAAUUAUAUCCAGGAUUUGCCCUUUAUCGUGGAUUAUACGAGUUUUCACAAUAUUCAUUUGCUGGGAAUUACAUGGGAACUGAUGGAAUGCGAUGGAAAGAUUUGAAUGAUAGCAAAAACGGGAUGAGUGAGGUCAUGAUUAUCAUUGCUGUGGAAUGGUUAAUUGUUCUUGGUGUUGCAUAUUAUGUGGAUCAAGUUUUUUCAUCUGGAAGAGAUCCCCUGUUUUUCUUUCGGAGGCACCAAAAGAACCUCUCGUCAUCCUUCCGGAAACCUAGCUUGCAAAGGCAAGGAUCUAAAGUUUUCGUUCAGAUUGAGAAACAGGAUGUUGAGGAAGAGAGGGAGAAGGUUGAACAAUUGCUACUUGAAUCAAGUACAACUCAUGCAAUUAUCAGCCAUAAUCUUAAAAAGAUCUACCCAGGCAGGGAUGGAAACCCAGAGAAAUUUGCGGUGAGAAACCUUUCUCUUGCUUUGUCGCAGGGGGAAUGCUUUGGCAUGCUCGGUCCUAAUGGUGCAGGCAAAACUUCAUUUAUUAAUAUGAUGAUUGGGCUCACAAAGCCCACUUCUGGAAGUGCAUAUGUUCAGGGAUUAGAUAUAUUGACUGAUAUGAACAGAAUAUACACUAGCAUGGGUGUGUGUCCCCAGCAUGACUUACUAUGGGGAACUUUAACGGGAAGAGAGCAUCUACUUUUCUAUGGAAGGCUUAAAAAUCUCAAAGGAGACUCCUUAUUAAAUGCUGUGGAAGAAUCUCUGAAGAGUGUAAACUUAUUUUAUGGUGGGGUGGCAGACAAACAAGCACGCAAAUAUAGUGGAGGCAUGAAGAGGAGGCUAAGCGUUGCCAUUUCACUCAUCGGAGAUCCAAAAGUAGUGUACAUGGAUGAACCAAGUACGGGACUUGAUCCUGCUUCACGAAACAUGUUGUGGAACGUAGUCAAACGAGCCAAACAAAACAGAGCUAUAAUUCUUACUACGCAUUCGAUGGAAGAGGCUGAGCACUUAUGUGAUCGUCUUGGAAUCUUUGUGGACGGAAGCCUGCAGUGUGUAGGAAACCCUAAAGAGCUCAAAGCUAGAUAUGGAGGAUCUUACGUGUUCACAAUGACAACAUCCCCUGAUCAUGAGCAAGAAGUCGAGAACCUAGUACGAAUCCUCUCCCCCAAUGCUAACAAGAUAUACCAGAUCUCGGGGACACAGAAGUUCGAGUUGCCAAAGCAAGAGAUAAGAAUAGCAGAUGUGUUUGAGGCAGUGGAGAAGGCGAAGAGUAGGUUCACUGUUCAAGCAUGGGGCCUCGCAGAUACGACGUUAGAGGAUGUCUUUAUAAAGGUUGCAAGGGGGGCUCAAACAUUCAACACUCUCUCAUAAUAGCUGAUGUUUGUCUAUUGCUGCUUCAAAGCUUUCAACAGUUGAUUCUGUUUUCGAUUUUUUUAGGCACACUGUCGACUUUCUGUUGGAUUCUUGUAUCGUGUAUUUACAUAUGUAAUUAAUUAAUAUUUGACGCCAUGUAAAUAGUAUAUCUUCAGGUCUAGGCACAAAAAGUGAUUUUGUUGUAAGUUGCAUAGAAAACUAAAUAAAAUCCAUGUAAUUUGUAUGUUGAAUGGUAGAUUUGGAAUAUUAUUGACA